AUGUCGGAGGGUAAAGUUAGUAGAGUUCCACCAGCAUUACAAAAAAUAUUGAAAUACGAUGCGUAUAUCACAAACGAGUUUCUUACAUGGGCGAAUAAAAUCUUAGAUGUAGAUGCUUAUAGAGUUCAUUGUAAAGCUUUAGAAAUUUCUUGCCAUGGAAUUCCAUGGUUUGCAUUUUGGAUUGCCUUUAGCUGGUUGUUUAAUAAUCCUAAUUUAGUGCAAAUGCAAGUUAACAUGCUUUUAGGUCUUAUUACUGAUAUAAUACUAGUAGCAGUAGCCAAAGCCUACUUCAGACGCAAGCGGCCACCAAAAAAUAUUAAAGAUGAUCCACUAGCAAUGAACGUUGACAUAUUUAGUUUUCCAUCUGGCCAUGCUAGUAGGUCUAUAUUUGCAGCAUACUUUUUUACUAAAUUGUGGCCUUUAAAUUUUCUUCUUGUACCUUUUCUAUGGGUUUGGAGCAUAUCAGUCUCUCUCAGCAGGAUCUUAAUGAACAGACAUUAUAUAAUGGAUGUUCUUGGUGGCAUUGUCUUAGGAAUUUUCAAUGGAUUACUGAUUGAUUUUUUGUGGGUUGAAGAUAGCACUGCUAAGUGGUUGUUUAACAUUGUUUCUGAUGAGAAAUUAGAUGGUGGGGAAUACCAUGUUUAA